CCCUGACCACACCACGCACCUCUUCUUGUCCCUGGUGCAGGGACGAGAUGGCUGCUUUCAUUGCUGAAAACUUCCGCUUCCUCUCCCUGUUCUUCAAGAGCAAAGAUGUGAUGAUUUUUAAUGGCCUGGUGGCUCUGGGCACCGUGGGCAGUGAAGAGCUUUUCUCAGUUAUGGCCUUCCACUGCCCCUGCUCCCCAGCUCGCAAUUACAUCUACGGCCUGGCCGCCAUCGGUGUCCCAGCCCUAGCGCUCUUCCUCAUUGGCGUCGUCUGGAACAACCAUACCUGGAACCUGGUGGCCGAGUGCCACAAGCGGGGCACCAAAAACUUCUCUGCUGCGGCCACAUUCCUCCUCUUUGGCUCCAUCAUGGGCCGAGCUGCUGUGGCACCUGUCACCUGGUCGGUCUUCUCGCUGCUCCGCGGGGAGGCCUAUAUCUGCGCCCUCAGCGAGUUCGUCCAGCCCGCCAGCCUGGAUAAGUUUCCAGCCGAGUAUGGGGCCGAGGCGCUGGCCAGGUUCCCCUGUAGAGACGUCCCAGCAAACCUGACCAAGUUUAGGGACGAAGUGACCAGGAGGCUGAAAUACGAGUCCCAGCUCUUCGGCUGGCUGCUCAUUGGGAUAGUCGCGGUCCUGAUUUUCCUCACCAAGUGCCUGAAGCACUGCUGCUCCCCGCUGAGCUACCGCCAGGAAGCCUACUGGGACCAGUACCGCGCCAACGAGGACAAGCUCUUCCGUCGCACGGCCGAGGUCCACUCUAGGGUGCUGGCGGCCACGAACGUGAAGCAAUUCUUCGGCUUCGUGGCACUGGACAAGGAGGAGAAGGAGAUGGUGCAGGAGUUCCCCGUGGAGAGCGCCCAGCCAAGCCCCCAGUGGAACGCCAUCACCGGAGUCUACAUCUACAGGGAGGACAAGGGCUUCCCUCUCUACAGCCGGCUCCACAAAUGGGCCAAAGGUGUGGAAGGCAAUGGGCCAAGCCCUGAAGCCCACGAAAUGCUCUUUUUGGCCUCCUAAGACAGGCAGGGGCUGGGACCAUUUCCCUAGACCAUCUGAUUGGCC